CGCCGUUCCCAAACCCUAUAUAUGUAUCCACCCGCUCUCUCUCAUGACAAACGAGGAGACUUCAGCGAAUCGUCUUUCCAGCUCUCUGAUCGACGAUCUUCCAGCUCUAGACAAAAGUAGACAAGAGUUCUGUCUUCUCCUUGUUACCAUGACUCCUUCAACGGUCACCUCUUCGACUAUACUUGAUUUAUUUUCUACUGACAAUGAGACUUUUUUAGCAUUAUGGAGAAUAAGGAGUGGAGGAUCUUUUCCUGCAAAUGUUCAUGAUAUAAAUCCUUACCAGUGUAAACCUGAAAAUUUACCAGAUGGAGUUUGGUAUUAUGUUGAGGGCAAUGUGGAUGCUGGCUCAAGUUUCGGUCGCUGGAAGCUGAAAGAUGGAGAUUGUAAACUGUAUUCAAGCUCUUCCUUCACUGGAGGGAGAGCAAGUUAUGAAUAUUAUGAAGGUCAAGCACCUUAUGAGAGUAAAACAGCCUGGGUUAUGCAAAAGUACUGGAUGAAUCAGAUGGACCUGCGUGCCACCUUCGAGCAAAAGGAGACCAGCUCACUUUGCAAAGUCUUUCUUGGAGAUGAACAGUUUCAAAACAAUGAAAUGAUUCAGAAAACCGAAUUUUCUAGUAUUCUCAAUUCAGAACCAAUCCUAAAUCAUCAGUUGGUUGUUACAGAUGGUUCGACUUCGAAUAACAUGGCGAGUGGAUCGACAAGCAAGUCUAAGAUGAAUGAAGAUGACAAGAUGGUAGAAUUGGCAGAUGCAGGAAAACGUUUGGAUAAUCAUUUAGAAGAUAUCCAUCCUGAGAUGGAUUAUUGUUUAGGUGACGACUACUUGGAAUUGCUGGAUUUAGAUAACCCAACAUCUUCGUCAUCGAGUUCUGAAAAUUCUAGUUGCUUGUCCAUGUCGUCGAAUGAAGAUUUUGAUACAAUGGAUGUUCUAUGUGAUGUAGAACGUGAAAUUAACCAUGACAGGGGACGAAGAGAUGCUGCCUGCAUCCAUUCCUCUGCACCCUUCAAACUAAAGAAGGAGGUGGUGCAUCAAGUGGCUUCAGAUUCUCUUGUCACCAUCAUAAGAAGCCACACAGCGGCCAAAGAGACUCCCAAAACCGAUUCGUCGGCGAACAUGAAACUCCCAAGCCAGAGUAAGAAAGAAGGGUACAGAAUGAAAGGUGCAUCAUCAAGUUGUCACAACAAGGUGGUCUCAAAUGGUGAAGAAACAGGUGUGGAUGGAGGAAAGAAGAGGGUUGGCAGAAGGGAGAAGAGUCCAAAGAAGUACUUUUGCUUCUUUGCUCUUUAGAUCUUCCUCAGCAUCAGUUAGAGUAAGUAAGUUAGUGAUGGGAUUAGACCAGAUUAACAAUGGUUUUGAGCAGACUACUGAAACCUUUCCUUUCAAGUCUGCAACAUCAUACCUUAAAAAUUAUCCUGUUUGAUUAAGUUCAGUUCAGUUCAGUUCAGUUCGAACUGCGUUUCUAGAGAUGAUGUUCUGUAAUUGUAAUUGUAAUUCAAAUGAGUUGACUUGACUUCAUUCAUAGCUUGCUGAAGUCAAUGUAAUUGUAGAGGGCCCCACUCGUCUUUUGAGGAGUAACCAGCCCACCAUUGUAACUAGUUCAUGUUUCUUGUGUUUCAGUAAAUGUUUUCGUUUA